CAUAAAAGCUGCAUUGCCGGAACUUUGCAGUGUGCCGGGAAGUUUUACUUAAAUAAACUCCAAGCAUUUCUUAUUAAAAUCGAUUAUGGAGGUUGUCGUUGAAAAAGUACCAGUUCCCCGUCGCUCUGCCAAUUUUCAUCCAAGCGUUUGGGGAGAUCAUUUUCUUGCCUAUGCUUCUCAGCAUAAGGAAAAAUUCUUCGAAGCAGAGGGAGAGCUUCAACGGCUAAGAGAAGAGGUUAGAAAGAUGUUGACUGAAACUCCUGACGAGUUUCCUGGAAAGCUAGACAUGAUAGACACCAUUCAGCGUCUUGGGGUGUCGUACCAUUUUGAGAGCGAAAUCGAGGCAUCAUUGCAGAAGAUUUUCGAUGCCUACAGUGAGUUGAAUCACAAAGAUGGCAAUGAUCUCCACACCAUCGCUCUUCGUUUCCGAUUACUCAGACAAAAAGGUUUUCGUGCCUCUUGUGACGUGUUCGACAAAUUCAAGAACCCGGAAGGAGAUUUUAAGGAAUCUCUGGCGAGCAAUGUCCUUGGAAUGUUGAGCUUGUACGAAGCAGCAAACUUUGGAGUGCACGGGGAGAAGGUUUUGGACGAAGCGCUGAAAUUUACUUCAAAUAACCUCGAAUCCAUGGUUCCAAGCUUGAGCAAUUUUCUUGCUGCACAAGUUGUUCAAGCUCUUAAGCUGCCGAUCCAGAAAACUUUGACAAGGCUGGGAGCGAGGCAGUACAUAUCUCUCUACCAACAGCAUGAAUCACAUGAUAAAUUGUUGCUAAAAUUUGCAAAAUUGGAUUUUAACAAAUUGCAGAAGUUGCAUCAGAAGGAACUAAGCGGUCUAACAAAGUGGUGGAAAGGCUUAGAUGUUGCAACCAACUUACCAUUUGCAAGGGACCGAUUGGUGGAGUGCUACUUUUGGAUUUUGGGAGUGUAUUUUGAGCCCAAAUAUUGCUUCGCUAGAGAAGUGCUAACAAAAGUAAUCUCCAUCACUUCCAUUAUUGACGACAUUUAUGAUGUCUAUGCCACUGUGGAUGAAUUAAUCGUUUUCACAGAUGCGAUAGAACGGUGGCACAUCACUGAAUUGGAUCGAUUACCAUCUUAUAUGAAACACUGUUACCGUGCCUUGCUGGAUAUCUACAAAGAAUUCGAGGAAAAAUUGGCCAAGGAAGGCAAGUCAGAUAGAGUCAAUUAUUCAAAAUUAGAGAUGAAAAAGUUAGCCAAAGGAUAUCUUCAAGAGGCCAUAUGGUUUCACAAUGGCUAUGUCCCAAAAGUUGAGGAGCACAUGAAGGUUACACUUGUCACAGCAGGAUACAUGAUGCUAGCAACAACUUCCAUGGUUGGAAUGGGAGAUUCUUUGACUGCACAAACCUUUGAUUGGGUAACAAACGAACCAUUAAUCGUCAGAGCUGCAUCAGUCGUUUGUAGAUUAAUGGACGACAUGGCCGGACACGAGCUUGAGCAGGAAGGAGGACAUGUGGCCACAGCUGUUGAGUGUUACGUGAAUGAAUAUGGGGUUACAAAGCGAGAGGCAUUUGACGAGUUUAACAAACAGGUAGCCAAUGCUUGGAAAGAUAUUAAUGGAGAAUGCCUCAAUUCAAAUGCAGUGCCUAUGGCCGUUCUUGAGCGAGUUGUGAACCUUGCAAAGGUCAUAAAUCUGUUAUACAAAGAAGGAGAUUGGUAUACCCAUUCUGCGACCAAGCUCAAGGACACCAUUACCACUGCGCUUAUAGAUCCAAUCCCAAUGUGAAAGGCUUUUUCGUGUUCUGGCUUUUGGUUGAAAAAGCUUUCUAUUAAUAAGAUGCUUGUAAGUGAAGAUCAGAAGGUGAAACUUCAGCAGUUAGUUUUACUUCAUAAUAAUAUUACUAUGUUGGGCCUCAUUUCUUGCUAAACUCAAAUGCCACUUGCUGAAACACACACAAUAAACAUGUUAGAGCUCAAUUAAGUGGUUGGGCCACAUUUUUUGCCCGCCAAACGGGCCGAGAGCAAGCCCGCAUAUAUUAGAGGACAGACCAAACUCUCUUAAGGACAUGCGACAUUGGAUUAUUCAUGACAAUGUCAUAUCUAAGCCUGCAUAUGAUUGAGGUGGCUCUUUUAUAUGUCAUCGUCCUUUAAUGCCCAAUCCAAUAUGAUUGAUGUAGCUCUUGUGUUUGGAUUCUGCAGUAUAAGAUCUUAUGUUUCAUU